CAAAACUCCUAAUCCAUCUUGCUUAAUUUGAAACUCCUUAAUUGCCUUGCCUUUCCCCACCAUUAUAUACCCUAUCACUCCCUCAUUCCUUCCAUACCCAAAGCACCCCACGUGAACGUCCAAGCCCCUGCAGGCUUCUUCUUUCUCUCUUGCUCGUAAUCAUUCUCUUGUAUUCUCUUAAGCUUUAAUGGCUAAGGACUUGGAGGAGGCAGAACAUGGCGCUUUCCCGCCCAAGGACUACCAAGAUCCACCUCCGGCACCGUUCUUCGGCGCCAUGGAGCUACGGAAGUGGUCCUUCUACAGGGCUUUGAUAGCUGAGUUUACAGCUACUUUGCUCUUUCUAUAUGUUACGGUGCUGACAGUAAUAGGCUACAAGAGCCAGAGUAAUGGACUUGCCGACGCCGGUAAUGGAGUCGGGUUUCACGGGAUUGCUUGGGCUUUUGGCGGCAUGAUAUUUGUUCUUGUUUACUGCACUGCUGGGAUUUCAGGGGGUCACAUCAACCCGGCCGUGACAUUCGGUCUGUUCUUAGCUCGGAAGGUGUCGGUGGUGCGGGCGGUGUUGUACAUGGUGGCUCAGUGCGCUGGAGCCAUCAGUGGGGUGGGGCUGGUGAAGGCCUUUAACGAGGCGCACUACUCUAAGUACGGAGGUGGGGCUAACACGCUCACCGAUGGCUACAGCAAGGGUGCUGGUUUGGGCGCCGAGAUCGUUGGCACCUUCAUCCUCGUCUACACCGUCUUCUCUGCCACUGAUCCCAAGAGGAGAGCUCGAGAUUCCUACGUACCGAUAUUGGCGCCACUCCCGAUUGGAUUUGCGGUGUUCGUGGUUCACUUGGCCACCAUUCCUAUCACUGGCACCGGCAUAAACCCCGCUAGGAGCCUUGGAGCCGCUGUUAGUUACAACGAGAAGAAGGCCUGGGAUGAUCAUUGGAUGUUUUGGGUUGGACCUUUCAUUGGAGCAGCACUAGCAGCUUUCUACCACCAAUUCAUACUGAGGGCAGGUGCUGUAAAAGCUCUUGGGUCAUUCAAGAGCAACCCUACUGUUUGAUAAUUUCUUCAUGGUUUUACCUACCGGAAAUGAGAUUGGAAGAAGAAGGAUUUGGUAUUUUUAACAUUCACAAAUAAUGGAUGACUGGUUGUGCUUGUGUUUUUAA